AGGGAAGGCAACGAUGACGUGAUGACGUCAUGAUGACGUGACCCUGACAUGGAUCAGGAGGAUUUCUGGUACCGACUGGCAGCUGCCUACGUCACGGAUGCCUUAGAAGGGCGCCACCAUGCGGUCGGACUUGGAACGAAAAUUCUGCUGGGAAAGACACACGCUGCCAGAUGUCUGAUGGUGCAGUGCCACCCCCUCUGCACGGGGGCGCUGUUGCUGACGAUCGUGUUCCACUGCGCGCUGUCCCACUGGGAGCCUGCGCAGAUGGUGGCAGCUAGUGCGCAGCUGCGGCCCUGGGUGCUGUGGGGCGGGGUCGGCUGCACGGCCGUCUAUUGGUUGGACACAUUUCUGACGAUGGCUCACAUGACGCCGCGUGGGUUCUUCAGGCUUCCGCACAACAUCUUACACGUCAUCCUUCUGGUCCUGCUGACGUCAGACUACGUCAUCUACACUCUCAGUGGUCGGCUGAUAUUCCGAUGCCUGCGCCCAUUUCUCUGGCUGCUGAGGGACAGGACCACAAGGGGCGUUGUCAUGGUGAUGGCCGGCAUCACCCCUGACCUACUGAAGUUCCUGUUGCUGACGUCACUCUGCGCACUGUGGCUGGCGGCGGUCGGGAUUCACCUGUUGUCUGGGAUCUUCCAUUCACCCGAUGGGCAGUUCUAUGAGGGAUCGUAUGAGGGCGCUUAUGAUCACAUCUUCAUGGCGUUCCUGAGAACAUUCAUACUCCUGGCAGGCGGUGACUAUCCAAGUCUCAUGAUCGAGGCCUACAAGACUGAAAACACGACACUGCUGUAUUUUGACACCGUGGUCUACAUAGGACAGUUCUUCGCUUUCGCCCUGCUGGUCGCCCAGAUCUACGAUUCCUACAAGUUUGCCAACAAGAAAAGAAUAAAAGUGGAGCGUCUAGAGGAGAGACAGUGUCUAGUAAAAGCAUUUGACGCCAUUGACUUUGCCAAGAUCGGGGUUAUAUCAUAUCAACAGUGGAGAAGAUUACACAAAGAAUUGGAUCAAAGAGCCACAGAAGUGGAAACUAUGGGAAGAUUUAAGAAAUUCAAGGAGCUGGCGGGCCAGGAUGUGAGCCCUGGGAACAAGACUUCAGACAGUGGGGACGAGGCGUUGACGUUGGUGGAGUUCCUCUUCCUUCCCGACGUGCUUCAGUUCACAGUGGAAAAGAAACGACGAAAGGAACUUUUCGGGAGACGAAACAGCUGCCUCAUAAGACUUCAAAACAUUCUGAAUGGCAGGGCGGUUUUCUGGAUCUCUACGCUGCUGAACCUGCUGUUCCUCCUGUCCUUCGCCGUGGUUUGGCGCGGGAUGCCCAGAAUCGUCGCAGAGAUCAUAUUCUGGUUGAAUGGGUGCCUGCUGGCUCUGAUGCUGAUGCUGUCGAUUCUUCAGAUUGCAGCGUUCAGACGAGAUAUCAGCCGAGAAAAUGUGGUCGCCAUGGUGAUGGAGCUGCUCACCAUUGGCUGCCACGUCUCCAUGGCGACAGUGCGGGAGGAGAAGAUGCUGAGAAACUGGGCCCGGAUUGCGGCUUUCCUGUGUAUGCUCGUCAGACAGGGCGUGGUGUGGAUCCCGCUGUCCACGUGGUUCCACUGGGCCCGCAGGAUAGCCUUACCUUACGUCAUCCUGACGUUACUCACCUACGUCAUCAUGUACGUCACCGCCGUCAUCGGGACGGAGCUCUUCGCAUCAGUCUCGGGGUUCCAGCCACCGCGGGGGUUCCAGGACUUUGACACCGCCAUGCUGACGCUGUUUCAGAUCCUGAUGGGGUCCGGUUGGGACAGCAUGAUGCAGACCGUUGCCAUGGAGACCUCGUACUGGGCAUGCGCGUACUUCCUGCUGUACUUCACGCUGAUCCACCUGCUGGUCGUCAACGUCGCCAUGGCAAUCAUGGUGGACCUGGUGUCCAUCAUACAGGCUGACGAGAGCGAGGCUGGAGGUUCAGCAGACGAAGAAGAGGCGGAAAAGGAAGAAGAAGAUGGCGACAAAAUGUCACUUUCUUACAAGAUGUCGCUGUCGAGCCUGGACCUGUCCCUGCCCAUGUCUAUCCUCAUGCCCGCCCUCGGGUCACACGUCACCGGUUCCCAUGGCAACAGCCCGACAGACGACGGUCCUCAGGACCCCUCGUCACCAGGGGCAACGGUAACGUCACGUGAUGAGCCGGUACAGGAGGCAGUCCACCUGUCAGGAAGAAAGAGUUUAGGCAACUGGAGGCGGGAGUUGCUAGGCGACAUCACGGUGCUGAACGCUGAGGAGCUGCGCCGCCUGUCGGAACUGAGCAAAUCUGCAGCCAGGCUGCGCACACAAGCACGGACGCAGCUGAGGCGGCGAAUCUCCUCCACUCUGCGCGUCAUGGACCUGGAGGAGGAGGAAGAAGAGGAGACUGUGUAGUGGUGACACCUAGCGAUUUGAUCGCAAUCGUCAUCGCGGAGCUGAAUCUUGUUUCACGAACAUUGAAUACAAGAGAAAGACUAUGUUAGACGGUGGUAACUUAAAAAAAGUUGCGGACAAUCCGUGUUUCCAUGUUACUUAAUAAAUCAAUGACUGGUAUUCACUUAA